UCAUUCGGCAGUACAAUUAACUGCAUCUAACGGUCCUGAAUGCGGAACUGAAAACUGCAGAAGUAUGAGAAUCUCCUCUCUGGAAGGUGACGUUACAGCGGCAGACCCCAAUAAAAGGAAGUCAUCGAUGUUUUAGAGCUUUGAGAGACGCUCACUGUGCACACUGGACACAGUCCGUGUGUCACUGUUAUACAAUGGCAGUGCAUGGCCACUGUAUGCCGGCAUUAUUGUUAAUUCUGUUUCACAUUAUGCCAGUUGCUGAGAGCUCUGAGAUGAUCACUGGAUUUGUUGGGUAUAACGUGACCCUGCCGUGCUCCUACGAUGCAAAGCAUUACGGGGGGAUUUAUAUGUGCUGGGGGAGAAGUGAAAUAUCUUAUAGUGGCUGUGACAAUGAAAUCAUCGCGACAGAUGGAUUCAAAGUGACACAGAGAAAAUCACACAGGUAUCAGUUAAGCGGUGACUUGAAACACGGUAACGUAUCUCUGACCAUCAUCGAUGCUGAGAUGGGAGAUUCUGGGAUAUACGGCUGUCGUGUGCAAAUACCAGGACUAUUUAAUGAUCUGAAACACCAAGUUACCUUGACUAUGCAAAAUAUUCAUAACACGACUGCAUCACCAUCCAGUACAGCCAGCCCAGAGACACAGACUGUGAUCAGUGUUACGCAGGGUCACAAAAGUAGUUUUUCUACAGGAAGUUCCACUGCAAACACACCACAAGGCAGCGGUCAUGCAGACAGACCCUUCCUCGUCAUUGCAUUGGUGAUCCUGCUGUUGCUGUUGCUGUUGGUGGUCCUGGUGACAGGUCUCUGGUUACGCAAACGAAAACAGCAGAGAGAAGCGAGGACACUGGCUGCAGUGGAAAAUCAGACAGAUGUCUCAGUGCAUUAUGGGAACGUGGGCGCCCACACUGGGUUCCACCCCAGAGGGAUGGUCAUAGAGAACAUAUAUGAACAAAGGGACUUUGGCGACUAUGAAUCCUGCCCUUAAUGCCUCUUACACUUAACCUGACAUCUCUACUUGUUCCUCAGCUGUACAGUGGGUGGAAAUGUUCACACUGAUAUUAAUAGUUGGUGAGAAGGUUGGCGGACUUUUAUUUUUCUUCUCUGAUAUCUGUCAGAAACGCUGUAUAUUUUAUUAAAAAAUUUCAAGACUCAA